GGUCAACUAUGGGCAGGGGAAUAGUGUUGACCCGUGGUAGGACUUGACAGUGGGCUGGCUAACGUGCAGUCAUGACCCCCCUGUAAAAAAAAUCCAUCUGUUUUGCAGAGAAGACAAUAGCCACAGGCAAGAUAAGCCGUAGCCAACCUCACCCACUUAAACACACCAGAAAAAAUAAUGCCAUGUCCUUUAAAUGAAGAGAGAGUUUAUGUGAUUGUAAUUGGACUUUAAUAGCUUGGCAGAUAUUCAGCUACUCCCAGAUAAUGCAAAGAGUCUAUAAAUAAAUAAAGAGUAAGGGUGGGGAUCAGCAAUUCAGUGAGAGAAAGGUUGCCUGGGGAAUCAGUGAGACUGGGACAGUGAUGUGACUAAGCAGACCAGGCUGAGAUGUCAGCUUCUGGCUUGCAAUGGGGGUAGAGCUGAGCACAGACUGACUCCGCCUUGGAUAGGAUCUCUGAGACAGGCCUCAGCCGCAGAGUUCAGAUCCAGAUCUCAGCUCCCCAAAGGUCAAAGCAGCAAGGUUCCCCACCCCGCCCUUUUAAGAGGGUUGGAAGGGACCUCAGGAGGUGUCUAGUCCAACCCCCUGCUUAAAGCAGGACCAAUUCCCAACUAAAUCAUCCCAGCCAGGGCUUUGUCAAGCCAGGCCUUAAAAACCUCUAAAAACCUUUCAAUUGGCUUCCAACCAGGCCCACGGUGAGCAACCUCCUGAGCGGUGUGAAGCCAUUUCCCAGCCCCAGCACAUAGGAGACCAUUCCUGGCCAAUAAGCAGCCAGAGUGGGGCUUGCUGUCUGCCUCCCCACAGCCCUGGUGGGUGGAACUGGCCCUGCUGUACUGAACCUCUCAUUGUGUGUUUACUGAGAAAUCUCAGCCAAUCUUGAAACCCCACCCCUGCUGGCAGCUGCCUGGUGAGCCAGGAACCUGUCGGCUUUCUAGCCCAUCAAGCUUGCCUGCCUGGAGCUGGGUUACGGAUAGGGCCCUCUCCACUAGCCACCAAUGGAAACCUGUCCUGUGGUCAAGUGGCACCUGGCCCCAAAUGCCAGUGGCUCCACAAGUGAACAGCAGUGCCUGCCACAAGCUCCCAGCCCUGGCUGUUUUAUCUGCAUGCUCCGUGCCCUGGACUCCUGCCGUGGUUGGUAGGGCUGGAUUUUGCUGUGCCUAGCAGGAGAAAUGGGGAAGGAGUGCAUGGUCUCCAGUGACAAUGUCUUUGUUGAUGUCAAUGCUGCAGAUGGAUACAAAUGGUUCUGUUGUUCUCAGCCCUGGAAGGGAGGGUUGUGAAUGAGCUCUCUGUGCUGCUUGAAGUGGGAGGAGAGACGAGCCUGGGAGCCAGCUAGGGUGGUGGUGAGAGCUCACUCUCCGGACAUUCUCCCUCCAGGAGAUGGUGGGAGGGUCCAGCCCCAGCUCCACUCCUGGGAGGAGAGACUGAGAUCCUGGAGAUAGCAGGCACCACUGGGAAGAAACUGCCUGCCCUGAGGCUCCAGAGUCCCAAGCUGAUGGCAUGGCUCUGGCACCAUGGAGGUGGCAUAGGGAAGGUGGCCACAACUUCUAGGGAGGGGCGAGCUGUCUUGUAAGAGCUGGCACUGGGAUAACUACCCAGGAGAUUCCAUGUCAAAGCAACAUUCCAGCACCCUUUGCAUGCAGUCUGGUCCCACUGAGCCCUGGAAGAAAAGGGAAGUUUGCAGAGAGGAGCUUAAGCCAAAGAAAAGGUGACCGCAAUGCUGCAGAAGAAGCAGCACUGGAGGUCCAUGUGCAAGGGGCUUGUUCUGGGAACUGUCCUGACCAGCUUCAUGCUGCUGCUGUACUCCUAUGUGAUUCCACCCCUGCAAGUCAGCACGAUGGAGAUUCCUAUCCCUUACUCCUGCUCCUCCUAUCCUGCCCAGGCCAGGGUGCCAGAUGUGGCAAACAGCACCCACAGUCCCCCAGGGCAAGGGUGUCUGCCCAAGCUGGACAUCAUGUUCAUGAAGACACACAAGACAGCCAGCAGCACCAUCCUAAACAUCCUCUUCCGCUUUGGUGAGAAGCACCGCCUCAAGUUCGCCUUCCCCAAUGGCCGCAAUGACUUCUUCUACCCCUCCUACUUUGAACGCAGCCAGGUCCAGGACUACCAGCCCGGCAUGUGUUUCAAUAUCAUUUGCAACCACAUGCGCUUCCAGUACCAGGAGGUGCGCAAGCUACUGCCAGCUGACACCAUCUUUCUGACAGUGCUGCGGGACCCCGCCUACCUCUUUGAGUCCUCCUUCCACUACUUUGGGCGCAUCAUCCCCCUCACCUGGAAGCUGCAAGGUGAGGACAAGCUGGCAGAAUUCCUCCGUGAUCCAUGGCACUACUAUGAUCCUAACGGGUUCAACGCUCACUACCUCCAGAACCUGCUCUUCUUUGACCUAGGCUAUGACAACAACAUGAAUGCCAACAGCCCCUUGGUGGACCAGUACAUCCAAGAGAUCGACCAACAUUUCCAUCUGGUCAUGCUGUUGGAGUACUUCGAUGAGUCCCUAGUGCUCCUGAAGGACCUGUUGUGCUGGGAGCUGGAGGACAUCCUCUACUUCAAGCUCAAUGCCCGCAAGGACUCCACUGUCUCCAAGAUGACGGGUGAGCUCUAUGAGAAGGCCACCUACUGGAACCUCAUUGAUGCCAAGCUCUACCGCUACUUCAAUACCACCUUCUGGCGCAAGGUGGAGGCCUAUGGGUGGGAGCGAAUGGCCAGGGAUGUGGCUGAGCUGCACCGGGAGAACGAGAAGAUGAAAAGCAUCUGCAUCGAUGGAGGGCGCCCUGUGGAUGCCAAUGCCAUCCAGGAGUCCUCCAUGCAGCCAUGGCAGCCGCUGGGCCAGAAGUCCAUCUUGGGUUACAACUUGAAGAAGAAGAUAAACAAGAAGCACCGGAAGCUGUGCCGCAAGAUGCUGACACCCGAGAUCCAGUACCUGACCGACCUGGGCGUCAACCUCUGGAUCACCAAGCUCUGGAGCCACGUGCGGGAGUUCUUAAAGUGGUAACAUGUGAACUGCAGCUGUCCCCAACUCCCUCCCCUCCGCUGUCCCCAUCCCCACCCAAGAGAAGAACCAAGUGAUUUCAUUUUAAUUUCUUCCUUACGUCUGUUGGCUGGAUAGGGGACAUGACGCAUCGUCAAUGAUCAGAACUGGCUUGAGGCUCCAACAGGGAAUAGUAAGUUACAGACCACGCCUCCCACCCCCUGUUCUGGAGAUCUGGUUACACAGGAGAGAAGAGGAGCCUCUGACACUUGCAAGUGGACAUUCACUGGGGUGUGAGUACGGAAAGAGUCAGUUGGCCAAUCCUCCUCCCACCUAGUUCCUCAACACCAUCAGUCUGGGAUGCUCCUGGGUCAGUUUCCACCACUGCAUCCUCAGGUCAGUGCUGCACCACUGAGUCCAGCCAUCUUAGCCUGCUCCCCUGAAUGAGCUGAGGGCAGGCCCUGGGGAGCACGACCUGGACACGGGACACUAGAACUGAUUACAGUAUCUUACUAGUUGUUUGGGGGUUGCUUUUCACGAUGUUUUUUUCCCUUCUAUUUGAAAGCUUUGAGGGCAGCGUCUGUGACAGCGGGAUCCCAGCCCGGGUCCAUCACUCAUGUUAAUAGCAUUAUAUGUGUCACAGUGUAAACAAGAGACAAGCUAUAGGA